AUGGAUAUUGGGAUAUAUCCACCAGAUAUAGUCAAACAAAUAGUAUCACAUCAAACAGUUGAUGGAAGACUACAUUAUAUUACAAAUAUAGAUGAAAUAAAAGAAUUAUGCGAAUUACCUUCCGAAGAUGUAAAUGAAAUGGGAUUAAGGAAAGUUGAAUCAUACUGGAAAACGGUAAAUAACCCUUUACCUUUUCCAAAAGGCGAUAUUACUUCUUUUGAUAUUAUUGAUUUCGAAAUAAUUGGAAACAAUCCAUAUUUUUUAGUUAAAUUAUACGGGUACUUCGAAGUUAAAUUGCAUUUUCUUACCAAAGAACAAGUAUUGUGUCUCGAAGGAGGAUUUUCAAAGAUCAACGAGUAUUAUCAAAAUAUCCUUAUUCAAAAUAACAAAAGUAAAGCAGAUUAA